UCUUUACAUUUUUAGUCUAGCCAUUUAUAUAAAACGAUUAUUCGAAUUCCUUGACAAACUAACAGUUUUGUUCCAUUUUUCCAACUUUUCUGGAUUCUCUAUAUGCUAAGUAUUGUUCUUUUUGCGUAUCUGCAUUUGUCAAGGUUGCUAUUGAUCUUCUUCUCCAAAGGAAAAGGCUUCUGUAAAUACUAUUUUAUUACAAUCCCCGGCCAUUCUAUUAAACGGGAAGUUAUUGCUGUAACUUCUUUCAGUUCCAACUUACAAAAAUGAUCAAGUAGUUGACCAAACAAUCAGAGAAUUCGAUCUGGAUAUAUAUAACUUAAUGAAGCCAGCUGCUAUUCAAGCUAGCUUAUACUAAACCAGAAAAUUAGAUGGGACAAAAAACAAGCACUCCAUCUAAUCUCAAACCGGGUGAUCAUAUUUUUACUAAUAGGGCGUGGAUUCUCUACUACCAUCACGGAAUAUAUGUGGGCGACGACAUGGUGAUUCAUCUUAUGGCAGCUGGAAUUAAAAAGAAAUCAGGUUCAUGUGAUUCAUGUCCCAAAUGUGGCUACGAUGGCAGAAGUGGAAUAGUCAAAACUUGCCUUGACUGCUUCCUCAAUGGCAAAAAUUUACAUAUCUUUGUAUAUAACAUCCCUUGCAACUCGCCUGAUGAAGUUAUCAGAAUUGCCACUGAGUUUCUCCAAGGAGAAAAAGAUUUCGGUGCGUACAAUUUUGUAUCUAACAAUUGCGAGGAUUUUGCAUCUUAUUGUAAAACAGUUCUGUUAGUUGGCAUGUGAAGAAGCAUGGUUGUUCUGUGAAGUCAUUGGAUGAAGCUACCGACUUGGCCUAUGGUUUACUUUAUGGUAAUAAUUUAGGUGACUACGAUCUUUUGGGUAGAAACUGUGAGCAUUUUGCGACCUAUUGUAAGACAGGCGUGCCUUUUAGUAUGCAGUCGUUAUGGUUGACGGAAAAUACACAAAUUAUUUCCUCUUUGUUCUCUCUUUUUCAGUUUCAGUUAAGGUAACAAAUAAACUUGUGAUAUGGGAAAGUUGUAAAAGAUUUGGGAAAGAUGAAAGUUGUAGUAUCAUAAAUUUACUUCUGCAAGGUCUAACUUUACUAA